AUGUGUCAUUUAUUAAGCUAAUAUGUUGUAUAUAAUAUUACUUUAAUUAAAGGUAGAAGAUUACAAGCAGUCGGACAUAAUCUGUAUGGGACUUUAGGAACAUAAAUAGCUCAGCAGGAGCCCACUGAAAACUAUGAAUCAGCUGAGGAGAUGUGGAAGCGUUGGUGAUAUGAACAGUCCUCGAGAGCAACGCUGUAAUGUAUGCCAACUCCGACGUGUGUACAAUACUGCUGUCGUCUGGUGUUCCGAAUGCGAGGAAGCACUAUGUUCCGAAUGCAAACAAUAUCACAGCCUGAUGAAAAUGUCCAGAAGCCACAAAACAGUUUAUAUUAGCGACUACCAACGACUCUCGCCAUCUGUGCUUGCCAUCAAAAAUCGAUGUGAUGAUCAUGAAGAGAAGUUUGAAUAUUUUUGCGAUCGGCAUGGCAAACCGUGCUGUAUUAUUUGCAUAAAGGAUCGCCACAAGGAAUGCCGGGAUUUAAAACAAAUCAGCGAUUUAAUUAAAGAUUCAAAAUCAUCAAACGAAUGCACAACUAUAGAAAGGGGAUUGAAAAACGUACUACAAACCAUUGACCGCGUUCGGAAAGAUAGAACGGAAAACAUACUAACUCUAGAUGAUCAGGCGACCCGAUACCAAAAUGAACUCAGGGAAAUGAAGCGUGCCAUCAACGACCAUCUCGACAGAAUGGAAAGUCAAUUUCUCGAUGAAAUGGCAUCAAAACAAAGGGAAAUGAAGUCAAGGAUCCAACGAGUAAUCGAUGAUAUUGAUGAUCGAAGAGAAAAAGUUCAAAAGAAAAUCCGAAAUAUCAACGCCAUGAAACGAUAUGCAUCCGACCUUCAGAAUUUUCUUGGUAUCAGGGGAAUGGAGUUCGAUGUCAAAAAUGAGCAAGAGUAUUUAAAAGCCUUGAAAGAAAACGGCAGUCUCGACAGCCUGGAUAUGUUCGUGCAUUUCCAUUCGUUCUCAGCUCUUGAAGCCAUCAAAAAUAAUGUUACAGUUUUAGGCCGUAUCACAACGAAAACAACAAGAUGUACGCUGAAGGUCACGCCACAAAAUUCCAACCUGGACAGAUUCAAGUCUAUUUCAUGGUGGGAUCUAAAUGACAAUUGACAAGUUUCGUUUGAAAUAAGACAUGAAUAUACUUUUCGUAUCAGAUUUGUUUGCUUUGUUUUUAUAACGAAAGUUUGUAAGUUAACUGUAGGAUAAACUGUUUUGGACGUCUUCAUACUCAGAAAUGACAUAUAGUUUUCGUCUUGUUUUCUCUAAAACAAUUCUCGCUUUACUUUACAAAGGUGAUUUACUGAUAGUCGAAGAACGCCUCUUUUUUUUUACGUUUCUUUAGUUCAUAACUAAAGUUUGGCACGUUAGAAAAAAAAGAAAUAAAAAAAAAAAAUAAAAAAAAAAACACCGAUAACAAAGUAAUUCUCGUCGUUCAGCAAUUCUCGCAAUCGUACUUUAGUUUCUUUUAAAAGUAUAUGCAAGACUUCAUGCAGUACGUAGAAUUGGAAAUAAGCGAUUCAUCUAAAGUUUCCGAAAUAUGGAACAUAUCUGAUGGAUUAAAAAAAAAUGGCGGUGAGAACUCCUACUCGUAGAUAGGUACUGUAAGACUUGUAUCUAAAGUAUGAUUUAGAAAUAUGAUGUGAUUCUUAUCUGGAAUAAAUCUUGUCAUGAAAUCGAAAUAAAAUCAGUAUUAAAAUACCAUUGAAAGAUCGCUCUCCGAUUAAAAAUCAGAAUGAACUCAUUGCACGCUUUGUCAGUCCUUCUCAUGCUAAGGUUUAACCAAUAGGAUUUUAAGGGACAUAACUCGUAAACAUCACUGAAACGUUUGUGUUAAGCCUUUUCAUAAAUAUAUUAAAAGCUUCUAAGUAACACCGAUUAUUCUAAUUUUACCGAAACUUUUGCCUUUCAAAUGAAGGACCAAACGUACAUAAACCACACGUGCUGAUGUCGUUCAUUAAAUAACUUUCAAUGGUGAUUUUAAACGCUGUGUAUAUUUUGUGUAUUUCAUACAGUUUUCUUAAGUUGCUUGACACUAACGGCAAAUAGGUUUGCUUUGUUUGUUUAGAUUAUGUUAAAUAGAACAGUAUUGUAUUGAAUGUUGACGUCACAACUGUGUAAAGUAUUUUUAUGAUUGUUAUUUAUCUCUUAUAGAGGACGACAACGAAUAUUGGAAUUAAUAAACCUUGAAAACAG